AUGUCGCCCGGUACUUUUGAGCUGCUAUUGACCUUAGUCGCUCCUUUAAUAACAAAAAAGUCCACCAGAAUGCGAGAACCAAUUCCUCCAGACGAAAGCCUCUCAGUUACUUUGAGAUAUCUAGUCACGGGUGAUGCUCACACUACAAUUGCGGCGAGCUAUCGUAUAAGUCCUACGACGGUGAGGCGAAUUGUGCAGAAAACUUGUGAUGCAUUGUGGAACGCUCUUUCCGAGCAAGGAUUUUGGAUGGAUGUUAUUAUUGUCCCUGGCAAUACCAAUGACUGGAAAAGAAUUGCAAACGAUUUUGGACAGAUGUGGAAUUUCCCUCAUGCACUCGGGACUUUGGAUGGAAAGCAUGUUGUGAUGCAAGCACCAGCACGUUCAGGUUCAAUUUUUUUUAAUUAUAAAAAAACUCACAGUAUUGUGUUGCUUGCUGUUUGUAAUGCUCGGUAUGAAUUUACAUUGGUAGACAUAGGAGACACUGGUAGGCAAGCUGACGGCAGCGUAUACACAAACAGUUACCUUGGCCGAGCAAUUCAGAAUGAUUUGCUUAAUUUCCCUCAACCAGAGGCCUUGGAAAGUUGCCCAAGCAAACCAUUCCCAUAUGCUUUCUUAGCAGAUGAUGCUUUUGGUCUUAAACCAAACCUCAUGAAACCUUACCCCAACCAGUAUUUACCUCUAGAUGAGAGAAUUUUUAAUUAUCGACUGUCAAGAGCACGGAGAGUAAUUGAAAAUGCAUUCGGUAUUGCAACAACUCGUUUUAGA